AUGUCCCUCGAAUUUUUCAGAAAACUUGGAAUAGAAAAAGAAAUCUCUAUCAAUGACUGGUCCGGGUUGGAAAUUAAUUUCUCAGCACCUGGUCGUUUAGAAAUUGUGGCAAUUCGGGAGGGUGCAGCCAUUGAUAAAAAUGAACUUAAAGAUGUGGUUUAUCUACCUUUUUCGAACCCAAAAACGCUUGCCGAAUGGAAACCGAGAUUAAUUAACCUGAAAGAAAUAUUGAAAAAAUUAGGUCUGUCUGACCUCCGUUUUGCUUCUCAACCAAAAGAAAACACGAUUAAAAAUAAUGAUGGCGCGAGUCAGGGAAAUAGGCGAAAAUUAUGGGAAUUAGGAGUCCAUACCAAAUUUAGUACUCUGGAUGGAAUAAGUAGUCCAGCCGAUUACGCAGCCAGUGCACGACAAAAAAAUUACGCGGCUUUGGCAGUAACCGACCAUUACAACGUUCAAGCCUUUCCAGAGUUCAGCCAGCAUCAAAGUCCGGAUUUGAAAAUCAUUUACGGUUGCGAAAUGGAAAUGUUGGAGGACAAAUUGCCACCUUAUCUUUUUAACCAUUCAACAGCAAUUUUAGACCAAAAAAUAAAUAAUUUGACUUAUUGCGUUUUCGAUUUAGAAACCACUGGAUUUUUUUCGGAAUACAAUGAGAUUAUUGAAAUAGGUUACGUUAUUUAUCAUCAAGGAGAAAUUAUUCGAGAAAAAGAAUAUUUAAUCCGCCCCAAAAAAGAAAUUCCGGCUGAAGUUUUGGCGGCCUGA